CUUGCAAUGCCAACCACUACUUUGAAUACUUGGCUAGGGGACAAAUGGCAGACACCUAUACGGUGAGUAGCUCAUGCCCAGUGUUCCACCCCAUCAACUCUUACACCAAAAUAAACCAAUCAUUCCGACUUGCGAGGAAGGAUAAGGCACUCUACAAGUGGCCCGGAGAACCAAACACGGGAAAACUCUCUCUUCCCAAAAUAGGCAAGGAGUAUCUCACCAGCAGUCCCCAGAGAACCGGAGGCGACACAAGAUCAGGUACUCCUUGGGCCCCCAACACUAGGUAUGCGAAUGACACCGGUGUUAAAAAAGUUCAAGCUGUAGAGAGGAGGUCCCGUGGCGGACGCGGGGGCGGUGUGUCUUCCGGCGGCGGUGACAGCGGCGUGCCCGCAACUGGAACUACUACUGGAACUUACCCGACAGGCAAUCAGGCAGGCCAACAGGUCGGCGCAAAUUCAGGGAGGCCCACCCGGAGUGGAGCGAGUGGAUUAAGGCCCUUUGGAGGGUUGAAACUGAGUAAUCUCUGGGGCAGUUUCUCCCGUGCCUCAUUUGGAAAUAGCCCCACUCCUUCGUCUCAGUAUCAGUACCCUCGUCUUAGCGGCUCCAGUUAACUCA